CUCACGUUCAAGCAGCACAUGAGCUCAACACAACAAGCUCAGCGUUAGAACCAGAAGAAACAGACACAAGAGAGCCAGGAGAGAGGCAGGAGACAGGCUGGGGCAGAGGAGCCAUGCACUGGUCCUGAGCAUCAUGAAGCAGGUUAAGGGGGAGAGAGAUGGCAUUACACUCUCCAAUAAGAACCGACGGCGCCCCCUGUCUUCAGGCGAGGUAGAGGGCUUUUCAUGGCGAGCACCCAGGACCGUUGUGCUCCAGAAAAACUCCCAGGGCUUUGGCUUCACUCUGCGCCAUUUUAUUGUCUAUCCACCGGAGUCAUCCCUCCACUCUCUCAAGGACAAAGAGAACGGGAACACAUCAGUAAAAGGAUGUGCACACUCACGCCUGGAGCCCAUGGACACCAUCUUUGUGAAGAGUGUUCGGGAGAAUGGUCCAGCUCAGACGGCGGGACUGUGCACAGGGGACCGCCUGGUUAAAGUCAAUGGAGAGAGCAUUUUGGGCAAAACUUACUCUCAAGUCAUUGCACUCAUUCAGAACAGUGACAGUGUUCUGGAGCUGUCCAUUGUGCCCAAAGACCAAGACAUUCUACAGCUGGCUUGCUCACAGGACUCCUAUCACAGGAGAAAUCAUCCCCACAGUGGAGAGGUGCACAUCCAGCAGGGACCCCCACCUCUCUGUGACUCCUGCUCUAGGCCCCGCCCCCUCAGCACACUGGACAACUGCCCCUGUCGAGCCACCUUCUCUCCCCUGGACAACUCAGACACUGGUCAGGACUAUGCAAAAAGUACAAACAAGAUCCGCUCUUCCUCUACUUUGAACGCUUUGGAGUUUCACUUUGCAAACCACCAUGCAGCCAUUGCCUCAGCAACCCUCCCACCCCCUCGUAAAAGUAGUCUGCCUGCCUCUACACGGGCUGAGGCCCUGUGCCGACAGGCUCUGUCUGAAUGGUACUACAGUCAGGCGCAAGCGGCUGAGCACUUGUCCCCUCGCAGCCGUGGAGUGUCCCAGGACCGGCUGGCCGGGCUGGGCAUAGCACUAGGAGUGGAGCCUGGUUUUGGCGAGCCACACCACACAGAAAGCUUACAGCACCAUCGUCAGGUGGCUGCAGCUGCAUUUCAAGACCCCUAUAGACUAGGAGGUGGUGGAGAUGUUCCUGAUACAAGAGGUAAAGCAUGCUCCCAAAAUCUGUUAGCUGCCUAUGCAGACUAUGAGCACAACUAUGGCCGCUCUGUGGAAACACUGAAACACGCCACCACAUUAGUAUCAUCCCACAGCCAGCUCCCCCAGCAAAAAGAUCCAGAGUUCCAGAGAGAACUGUCCACCUCUGUGGCCCCCACAGGCCGACAGGGGCGUCAGCAGGUAGCAGAGCCCCAGACUCCACGCACAAAUGAGGUUGGCUACAGUAGCUACAGCCCAUCCUUCAGCACAAAGAGCACGUAUCUGCUCCAACAUGCCCAUACUUUCAGAGAGGACAACCACAAUACAGCUCACCUGAGUCCCUGUGACAGUGAGGGGUCCCAGAGGCCUCUCUCCUCCCCUGUCCUGUCGCCUGCAGAGGAGGAGUGGACAAGACCCCUAAAGCAGGAAGUCAUCAUGAGGAAGAAGCCCUCUGCCACGCAGAGCUGCAGGACUAAUGGCAGUCUGGCACAGCAGGCUUUCGACUCAUUGUCCUCCAUCCCUUUCAUUGCCAGUAUGAAAAAUCGCCGCUCGUCAUACCUCCUAGCCGUCACCACAGAGAGAUCCAAGUCCUGCGAUGAAGGGCUCAACAUUUUCAAAGACGAAGGCCGAGUUUUCUCAAAACUUCCAAAAAGAGUGAAGAGUUUUUUCCUGGAUGGGUCUCUGGACAGCCUGCGUGCUCAGGAGGAAGCCCGUUCCAAGCGCCAUUCCACCUCUGAGCUUGGCACCACUGUGGUCAGCAAUGUCCGCAAAGAGGGCUGGCUGCACUGCAAACAGGUGCUCAGUGAGAAGGGCAAGAAGUUGGGGGGUGGUAUUCGGCCAUGGAAGCGUGUUUUCUCAGUGCUGCGUUCACACUCACUGUUCCUCUACAAAGACAAGAGAGAGGCAGUCCUUCACGGGGCAGGGGCCGUCCCAGGACAAGAGGAACAUUCUCCAAUCAGCGUCCGUGGCUGCCUGAUCGACAUUGCUUACAGCGAGACCAAACGCAAAAAUGCGCUGCGCCUCACCACUCAGGACUUCUGUGAAUACCUCCUGCAGGCCGAGAGCCGCGAGGACAUGCUCAGCUGGAUCAAAGCCAUCCGAGACAACAGCAAGAGUGACAGUGAGGAGAUUGGAUUCUCGAGACAAGCUCUGAUUAACAAGAAGCUGAAUGACUACAGAAAACACAGUCUGACAGGUCACAGGCAAGACUCCUCUCCCAAAAGCCAUCGAAUUGUGCCGCCUUCGCUUCUUUCCAAAACAGACAACAAAUCAGAUGACAAGACCCCAUGGGGCAUCAACCUCAUGAAGAGAAGCAAGAAGAGCAGUAAUCCCAAGGCUUUUGGAGUGCGGCUGGAGGACUGUCAGCCUGCUGUCAACCAUAAAUUUGUGCCUCUGAUUGUGGAGAUGUGUUGUGCUGUGGUAGAGGCCAUGGGUCUAGAGUACACCGGGAUCUACAGAGUCCCAGGAAACAAUGCGCUGGUGUCCAGUUUGCAAGAGCACCUCAACAAAGGGCUGGAUAUCAACACGGGAGAUGAGAGAUUCCAGGACCUGAACGUCAUCAGCAGUCUGCUAAAAUCAUUUUUCAGGAAAAUUCCAGAGCCACUAUUCACAGAUGAUAAGUACAGUUCCUUCAUUGAAGCCAAUCGGAUAGAAGACGCAGACAGCAGACUCAAAACUAUGAAGACCCUGAUCCACAGUCUCCCAGAUCAUUACUUUCAUACUCUCAAAUUUUUGGUGGAACACCUCAAAAGAGUGGCUGAUUAUUCAGAAAAGAAUAAGAUGGAGCCCCGGAACCUGGCCCUGGUGUUUGGACCCACUCUGGUCAGGACGUCCGAGGACAACAUGAUGGACAUGGUGACGCACAUGCCUGACCGCUACAAGAUCAUAGAGACUCUCAUUCUGCAUUGUGACUGGUUCUUCUCGGACGGACCUAUGGAAAAAGAGGAGAAGGCCCCUGAUCACGAGAGCGACUCUUCACCAGUGCCCAACAUCGAUCACCUGCUGUGUAACAUCGGCCGCACAGGGGGGCCAGGAGACUGCCCAGAUUCCACCAUCGAUUCACUUAAACUAAAGAUUUCUUUGAGCCCUAAGAAGGACCCAAAUGCCAAGGAAUUAAUCUCUGCCAUGACCCGCAAACGCAAGAUAUCACCUGACCAUCUUCCAGGAAUCAGCUCAGAGGAAAACUUGGAGCAUGAGCCAGUCAAAUCCAGCAAUUUGAGGAGACAGAAUGGAGAAGAGAGAGACAGCAUUGAAUCCAAGAGUGAGGUCCAAGGAGGAGGAGGAGAGGAAGGUCAAACCUUACAAGAGGGCAAGGAUCUGGAAGAGGUUUCCAACAAAGAAGAGGUGGAAACCGAAAUCAAAGUAAAGUAUGAAAAAACUGACAUAGCACAGCUGGAGGCACUGACAGUGCCCAGGCCACUGAGGCCAAUUGUGGGUGUGAGGAGGGGGCACAGACUUCUCCGUCCUCACAGUUUCCACCUCCUCCAGGCUCCACCUGAGGCUCCUGCCCCAUUGCACACAUAUCCCUCCAGAGCAGGGGGCCCAGCCUGGGUAUCUCGCUCCAGGAUCCCUCCUGCUCACACCUCUAGUUUCUAUGGGACCCAGUCGGGCAACUGGGCUCCAGCAGUUCCACUGCGCUGUAAGAAAAGCUUCACUGCUCGAACGAGGGCUUUGUCCAUGACCCUAGAGCUAGAGGGUAGAGCCAGAGGCUGGAGAACGGACAAGGUGGAGGUCAUACGGGUCAAUGAGAGCGGAGUUCCACAGGGAUCAGCUAUUGCAACAGUGUCUUAUCAGGAGACCCCUCCAGUUCCUUGGAUGGUUGUAGGGACUUGUCCUUGGUCAGACCCCAGCCCCUCCAGGUCCUCAGUGGUUCUAAGAAGACUCUCAAAACCACAAGAGCAGAACCAGAGAUGGCGGCGCCACACAGUGAUGGUAUGAGCUGCUGCAAUACAACACACCAAGAUUUUAAUCCAGGUUUGAACUAAAACAGCCAAAUUUGAACUUUAAAACUCUCUGUCUCUUUUACACAAAUAGUACUGUCAGUGACCAGGUUAGCCACAGAACAGUAACAACAACCUGCCCACUCUUGUAUAGUGGCAAACUCCCUCUGUUCUGGUCCUGCCAUGGCCUAGCAGAGUCCAGGUCUGGGGCUUCUGGAAGCAUGUUGUAAACAUCCUGUGAUCCUCUAUUGGCCUGAGACUCUGUAAUAUUUGUCUGGUUAUAUACCUGCAUAGGCCAAUUACAGCAUUAUAUUUAAAUUAAAGAAACAUUGUACAAGAUGUUUUACAUGACUAUGCUUAAUUGUUUUGGCUUCUCAGAGUAAUGAUUCAAUAUCUUUAGUUGAUCUACUUUUCCAACAUCUUUCCAAAAUGUCUGCAGCUAGUUCAAACUAUGACCAUGGCUAGUCUAACUAAAUCUAUGCAGGCCGUCAGGCUCAUCAGUGUGUUGUUGCUGCCCACAGUAGCUUUCUUCCCAUGUGUUCUGGACAUAACCCUCAGAUCAUCCCAGUGGAGUUAACCUAAUGCCGUCUGCCCAAAGGUUGGGGUCAGUAAUAGAUGUACUAAAUAUUUGGGACAGUAAGGACACGAGGCAGCUAUGUGAAGUCAUGCCAAAUCAGUUUUCUAUCCUUUGUACAAUCACUGUGCAAUGCCAAUGCAAGCCCCAGUGACCAGUGCUCCUUCCAUGUGCUGAACAGUGUCUGAAUAUUGUGCUCUGUGCCUGGGCCUGUUUUGUAACCCUUGUAGAAAGCCUUGAGAAAUUAACCUAUUGUACUAUGUAAAUGUUAUACCUGUAUAUAAAUAUUAAAUUAUUA